CCUCCCCAUUCUGGGCCAGCUCCGUUUCGGGCGCCGCCGACCGGCGCCGCUGUAGUUGCCAUGUCCCUCGAGGGCUCCCGUCGCUGAAGCCCGCGCUAGCCCCGCGCGCGUAGGAAGAGUAGGAGAGACGUGUGCUCGAGCGAGCGGGACGACUACAGAAGAGAAGGAAAGGUAGUGUCAGCCGGAAUGCAGAAAAGAGAAACCCGGAUGUUUGGCCCAAACUAAUUUCCGGAAGCUGGGGACGUGGACGGAGAUGGAGCAACGUCUCGCGAUAUUUAAUGCUUCAGGAGGCGGAGGGUUGCCACAGAGACCGAGGACUACGACUAGAACGCACGCGCGUUUGAAAGUCUCGUGGAGGUUCAAGAUGGCGGCUGCUCAAGCUGUAGAGGAGAUGCGGGGUCGCGUGGUUCUAGGGGAGUUCGGGGUUCGCAAUGUUCAUACCACUGACUUUCCCGGUAACUAUGCGGGGUAUGAUGAUGCCUGGGAUCAGGACCGGUUCGAGAAGAAUUUUCGUGUGGAUGUGGUACACAUGGACGAAAACUCACUGGAAUUCGACAUGGUGGGAAUUGAUGCAGCCAUUGCCAAUGCUUUUCGAAGAAUCCUGUUAGCUGAGGUACCAACAAUGGCUGUGGAAAAAGUCCUGGUAUACAACAACACAUCCAUUGUUCAGGAUGAGAUCCUUGCACACCGCCUGGGACUUAUUCCCAUUCAUGCCGAUCCUCGUCUUUUUGAAUAUCGGAACCAAGGAGAUGAAGAAGGCACAGAGAUAGACACUCUUCAAUUUCGGCUGCAAGUCAGGUGUACCCGGAACCCCCAGGCUGCUAAAGAUUCCUCUGAUCCCAAUGAACUCUAUGUGAACCACAAAGUGUACACCAGGCAUAUGACAUGGGUCCCCCUGGGGAACCAGGCUGAUGUCUUCCCAGAGGGCACUAUCCGCCCAGUGCAUGAUGAUAUCCUCAUUGCUCAGCUGCGACCUGGCCAGGAGAUUGAUCUGCUAAUGCACUGUGUCAAGGGCAUCGGAAAAGAUCAUGCCAAAUUUUCACCAGUGGCAACAGCUAGUUACAGGCUUCUGCCAGACAUCACCCUCCUUGAACCUGUGGAAGGGGAGGCAGCUGAGGAACUGAGCCAGUGCUUUUCACCUGGUGUUAUUGAAGUACAGGAAGUACAAGGUAAAAAGGUGGCCAGAGUUGCCAAUCCCCGGCUAGAUACCUUCAGCAGGGAAAUCUUCCGGAAUGAAAAGCUAAAGAAGGUUGUACGGCUUGCUCGUGUUCGUGAUCAUUACAUCUUUUCUGUAGAGUCAACUGGAGUGUUGCCACCAGAUGUGCUGGUGAGUGAAGCUAUCAAAGUAUUGAUGGGGAAGUGCCGGCGGUUCCUGGAUGAACUAGAUGCAGUUCAGAUGGACUGAGAGUUGCACCAGAUACUGGGAUGUAUGGACUUGGAUGCUCCUGGAUUCUGACCUGCCCCAGUAGGACUUCUAUACUCAUUGUGACUGGAGGUCUAAUUCCAGCUUUAUUUUCAAUCAAUACAUUUUGUUAAAUGUGCUACAGAAUGAGACUUUUAUGCCUUUGUAAGGCUUUUGAUGUAAAUAAACUUCAUGUCCAAA